AUGGCAAGCAAGACUGCAGAGGCUUCGCCUGUCGGACCAAAGACCGUCCGUCGGGGAAAUUACAGCUCCGGUCCGCAUGUGGCCGUCACCAGCCGUGUUGUGCUGCAGCCCAAUCCCAACUUCGAUGCCGCCCCCCCUGCGAAGGCACCAACCAGCACUGCAGUCUCAAAGGUUGCCGCGAAGGUGCCAGCUGCGCGUGCCUCACAGUACACAUUGCCAGCACCUCACAGCGCUGAAGCCCAGAAGGUCCAUCUCCUUGGAGACUUGACCAAGACGCUACAGACUAUACUGACAAAAUUGCAAGACAGAGAACUGCCUGACAGUCAGCGCGAGCAGUACCAAGCUAUGGCUGACAAGAUCCACCUUCGGAUCAAGGCCAUCAAUCUGCCGGGUGCAGCACGCCGCCGUUGA